AUGCCGGGAUGCGGGGACAGAAACGUCCCGCUUUGGAAGCACGAAGUUUCUGGGAGCUGUCACACUGCCGCACGAGCAAACUUGGUGCCAUUUCUUAAACAUCACGCUCGUGACCAAGCAACCGCAGCAGGAGUCUCCAAGAUGAAUACUACAGCAAUGAGCCCACUCACUGUUACCCCACUAGGUUUUGUUCCAGACUUCAAAAAUUCCACUCUUGAUUCUCUCAAUGAGACUGCAUGUGAAAACUGGAAAGAGAUUCAUCAUCUUGUUUUUCACGUGGCAAACAUUUGCUUUGCAGUUGGACUGGUCAUUCCAACUACUUUGAAUCUUCAUAUGAUUCUUCUGCGAGGCCUGCUCACUGUAGGAUGUGCAUUAUUCAUCAUUUGGGCUACACUCUAUCGUUGUGCCUUGGACAUAAUGAUCUGGAAUUCUGUGUUUUUGGUUGUCAACCUUUUGCAUUUCAUAUACCUAGUGUAUAAAAGAAGACCGAUCAAGAUAGAGAAGGAGCUCAGCAGCCUCUACAAGAGAAUGUUUGAACCUCUCCAUGUGCCUCCAGAGCUCUUCCAAAGACUAACUGGACAAUUCUGCAACAUUCAGACUUUGAAGACAGGUCAAGCCUAUGCAGCAGAAGAUAAAACAUCAGUUGAUGAUAGGCUAAGCAUCCUGCUGAAGGGGAAAAUGAAGGUGUCUUAUCGAGGCCAUUUUCUGCAUAAUAUUUACCCCUGUGCCUUUAUAGAUUCUCCUGAAUUUCGAUCGACACAGAUGAACCGGGGUGAGAAAUUCCAGGUCACCAUUAUUGCAGAUGAUAACUGCAAGUUCCUGUGCUGGUCCAGGGAAAGGCUGACUUACUUUCUGGAGUCUGAGCCAUUUCUUUAUGAGAUCUUUAAGUACCUUAUUGGCAAAGAUAUUACAAAUAAACUUUAUUCAUUGAAUGACCCAACCUUAAAUGACAAGGCUUCAAAGAAGAUUGAUCGACAGCCCAGCCUUUGCUCUCAGCUCUCCGUGAUGCAGAUGAGGAACAGCAUGGCCAGUACCAGUGACAGCGAGGAUGGCUUGCAGAUGUUUCUUCGUGGGACUUCCUCUGCAUCCUCUCUUCGAAAUAACCAACAAGAGUUCUAUAAUGCUUACGGAGUGAGUCGUUUGCAGCAUGAUGUUUUCUGUUGAUAACAUCACAUUAACUCAGCAGGCAUCCUCAAAAAGGCCCAGGCCGGACAUCUCCUUACCUGAGAACUUCAGCCAAGAUGAAGCCGAUAGAAGAAAGUGUUGAGGAUGAUGUCUUUGAAGCACCAUCUGCUGACAAGCUUGAACUCCAGCGGCUGCCUUAAACAGCUCUGUCCUCAGGUGUAUCAGAGAUCCAGUGCAAAAGGAAGGAGCUGAAUUUGGGAGGAAUCAGAAAGCUAAGCCCACCUCUCCAUGCUUGAAUUUACUGCAGCAUAUGCCAGUGGCUUCUAGAUGGAAAUGUCAUGUUUUAUUUUACUUCUAAAUAAAAUAAAUAAAAUAUUGUGUGGACUUUUUGUUGCUUCUUUUUGGUUUCUUUAUUUCUACUUUGACAUUUGCCAUUAUAAACUUAAUAUUGUUUUGCUGACUAGCUGGAAAUUUCUAGACUUACUUGGUGGAGAAUAUCCCCAGUUUGAUUUACCUAUGUUCCCUCAAAGUCUGAUCUUAGUGUUUUAGGUGGGAGAUUUUGAAACUCUGUUUCCAAAGCCAUGUUGCUGUUACCAACCAUCAUCGUUGUGACAGUCUGGUGUGAAAAACAGUCUUCUGGUUCAAUUUUUUUUUUUAAGGUAUUUGCCUUUAGUGUUUCCCAGUCUCACUGCUUGACUCCAAAAUUGUAGUAAUUACUUAAAUUUUAGUUUUUCUUGGCCAAAGCUUUAAAUUUAAUGCUGCCUUUUCAACCUUAACUUUUUCUUCUGUAGGCAACUGUAUUAUACUAAGCUUCAUGAUUUUUCCUUGGCCUUAUUCAUGGAGAGACUGAGCUGUUCUGAAUUAACCUUCCACCAAAGAGACACACAAAAGACACUUGAUGUAGGAAAUUCUGUUCAAACCCCAAAACUAGGGUAGCUGCAAGUUUAGUAAAGCCCAGUCUCAGAAAGGGAGACAUUGGGAAGCUUUUAUAAGUGGCACUUGUAGCAGUCCCACUUGUGCUAUGCAGUGACAUCUACGUGGUAGCUGUACUACUUAGCUCUGACAAUUCUUGAAAAACAUGAUUCUAACUAAGUAUAACAGAAAAUAGCUAUUCCUCCAUUUAUAAAGUUGCACAAAAUUGAAACACCAAAUAAUGGAAUUUGAUGUCAACUGUCUAGCAACUAGAAGUGUCAUAGUCUGGGGUUUUUUUUUGUUUAUGUCAUUCCAUAUUAUUUCUGUAAGUAAGGAAAAGCAUCAUGUAAUCAUUCAGAUUUAAAGGAAGGCUUGUGUACAGGGAUAGAAGAUGUGCUGUAAACACACGGUUCACUCAUUUUGAGGUAAUACUAAUUUCAAUUAGCAAAUCAAAUAUAAAACAACAUCUAUUUUUAAAUCAGAACAUCAUGUUCUGUUGGUCAUAACUGUAACUAAGUAGAAGAUAUGAACUGUACUAGCAGAUUGUUGGUUUUGCUGACCUGAAUGCCUGUGGGAGAAAAAUUUAAAUUUUUGGUUUAUUU